AUGGGUGAUUCAAAGCGAUCGGUGGAAAAUAAAGCUAAAGUUGAAGGAUCAAUAUGUGCACAUUACUUGCAUCGAGAAACAUCUCAUUUUUGCAGUCACUAUUUUAAUCACUUAAUGUUAACUCCAAGAAUCAUAAGGAAUCCUAUAAAUGUUAACGAAAGAAGUAAAUUUACCUUAUCAGUCUUCGGGCUUCCUGGUCGUCCCUUUGGAAAGAAGGGUGUGCAUUGGCUGACUCAAAAAGAAAUGCAAUCAGCACAUGUUCAUGUCUUAAUUAACUGUGUUGAAGUUAAACCAUAUCUUGAGUAA